UAGAUGAGCAACCUAUUUUACGAGAAGGAUAGUCUGCAUCCGCCAUGUUGAAGGUUGUCGUGUGCUUAGCGUUAGUUUUCCUCCUGUUUGGACCAAGUCAACAGCGACGUCCUGCCGGGGAAAUUUGCAACCUGAAACAUGAAAGAGGACGGUGUAAAGCCUUUCACCGCCGUGUCUUCUAUAAUCCUCUGACCAAACAGUGUGAGAGCUUCACGUACGGCGGUUGUGGUGGGAACGCAAACAACUUCAAGAACAUCGGAGCCUGUGAGAAAGUUUGUAAACCUGGUUGUCAAGACCAGCCCAGUCCUGGACGAUGCAGGGGGAAAAUUAAUCGUUUCUACUACGACGCUAGCAGUCAACGAUGUAAGCGGUUUAUCUACCACGGCUGUGGCGGCAACACUAACAACUACCGAACGAGGGGGGCCUGUAUGAGGGCGUGUGGCUAUAUCUAGCCUGUUAUUCAAUUAAAACAAUACAACCUA